AGGAGAUCUCCCAGGAAGGCCGACAGGAUGGCUGGACGACUGCCGAACGGCAGACCGGCAGGCACAUCCGGCGGAUCUAUCAAUCGCCAACGGAGUGCAGGGUCGGUGGCGAAGCAGCCGUACGACCCGAGGUUGUAUGCGCACCUCCCUUCUCACGAGAUUCCUCUGCCGCCGUCGGAUGACGAGGGGGGGGAAGCCAGGUCGCCGACUUUGCCGUUGGGAAGCGGUUCUACCCAGGACUGGGCGUCGACGCAAUCGUGCGGCGGCAGGGGGGUGGGGACGUCGUGGUCUUACACGUCACUUCUGAACGAGGGGCUGUGCGAUGACGACGGCGAUGCAGCGGUCGAUCUGAGCUUUCAUCUGUCGAGCAGUAGCGGAGCAGCCGCAACGCACACUCGGAUCAUCAAUCCCCACCCGGGUGGGGAUUGUGCGGAAAACACGCAAGGCGCUGUCUGGCCAGAAUGCAGGCAGGAGUUGCAUCGAGGUGAAACGGAGACGAUCACCAGAGGGGUGCAACGGCUGCACAUCGACGAAGUGGAAAACGCGGCUGUUGAUGAGGGGCAGGGGUGUGGUGACGUGGACGGCGAGGACGGUUGCAAGUCUGACGAUUUACCAGACAUCAGGCCGCUUGGGAGGAGGGCGACAAGAGGCGGAUCCGGUGCGAAGAAGGGCCCCGCCAUGAAACCGAGACGGACGAAGAACAUGGAUGACGAUGGCGAGGGCGGCCGAAAUUUCUGGUCGGUGGGAGACACGGCCGCGCUCGUGAGGGCGAAAAGGGAUCAAGAUCUCUAUAUCGCCGGCAUGGGGACUAGUUUCACCCGCAUGAAAACGGCUGCGUGGAAGUGGGAGGACGUGCGGGUGAGGUUGCAGGCGAUGGGAGUGACGAGGGAUGCCGUCGACUGCGAGAAGAAAUGGGACAACUUGAUGCAACAAUUCAUGAAGGUGCACAAGUUUCAGAACCUCUCCGGCGGGAAGGACUACUUCAGGCUUGCUUCGAGGGAGAGGCGAUCGAAGGGCUUCAGCUUCGUUAUGGACCGGAGCGUGUACGACGAAAUGGAGGCCAUGACGAAGGGGGAUCGCACGAUCCACCCGGCAAAUUUGGCUGACACUGGGGCGGCGGGGGGGGUUCAAAUGCCCGCAGGCGCGAGGGGGGAUGGGGGCACCAUGGGCGCCGAUGGUGGAGGGGAGACGACUGACGAGGAACAGGAGUUGACGAAAGACUCGUCAUUCAGCGCGGGAAGAGGCGGCGGUUAUGGGAAGAGGAAAAACAUGCGGCAACAAACCUUUGAAGCCGUCGCCGACGUCAUGGAGAAGCACGGUGCGCUCAUGGCGAGCACAAUGGACAGCGCCAGCAAGCGGCAGUGCUCUGUGAUGUCGCGGCAGUGCGAAAUCCUGGAGAGCGAGGUGGAGGUGCAGAGGAAACACUAUGCAGAGGCGGAUGAGGCGAAUAGAAUGAUGUGCAACGCCCUGCUGGAGAUAGCAAAAGCCAUCCGCGAGAGAUCAUAACUGGCGUGCACUUUCAUGUCCAUCCGCAGAUAGAGCGA